AUGUUUCCAACAACAAUCAGUCGUUUGUUGCUGCUGCUGUUACUCUUCUUACAAGCAGGCAUGAUUCAUCAUGCACUUUUGGUUCCAAAUGAAACUCAUCGAUGGGAUUCUUCCUCAACUGCAAAUUUGAGAAAGUUUUUCGUUCGUCCCAAUUUUCAAGAUUUCACUAACAAGGCUCAACAGCAAGGAGGAGCAGUAGUGGAACUCCAAAAAAAAUGGAUCGACAACAACCUCGCUCCGUCGUCUUUUUGGGAUUCGGAAUCGCAUCAUCAUGUUCAACCUGAAUUUAUGAAUUGCACCCAGGAAAUUCCUUGUUCAUCGGUCAGCAAGGCUUUGCAAGUCAUGAUUCAAUUAUUCAAGUCUAAAAUUAUUGAAAAAUUAGAAGGAAAAAUUGUGUUAAUGUCCAUGCUUGAUGGAAACAAUAUUUAUGGAAAGGAUCAGUGUAAUAUUCAACAACAAGAUCCUGUGAUCUUUGAUCAUCUUGUGAUAGAAUCUUUCAAUCAAUCCAAAAUUAUAUUUGCUUGUGAUAAAUUUUCCAUCUUUUCCUAUCUCAAAGUGAACGACAUGCUGCUUGACAAUGUGGAUCUAUUCCAAGCAUCACUUGUAAUGAUUUCUGAUCUAUAUGCACAGUCAAUACGCUUUCAUAGAGUGAACAUGUCACAAGUGGAACUUUUAGUGGCUAGCUGGGAUACGUACAUUUCAACGCACAUAUUAUUUACGAGUGUGGAUGUUUCUAAUUCACGUUUUGGAUUUAAUGGUAUACCAACAGUAUCCUUUCACAAUGCCUCGAUUUGGAAUUGUAACAUUUCAACCCGACUCCCAAUACGCAUAGAUGUUCAAUAUUCAAAAUUUGUAAACUCACAACUUUUUCUCUCUCCAGACCUCCAAAAAGCUACUAACAGCCUGAAUGUGACUGGUUCAGAUUUUAUUGGAUCAGAAACUACAAUAGCCUUUUUCAAUGAGAUAGUGUUCCAAGAGGUACUCUUCUCUGAAAAGAAUCAGUUACGUCUCAUGUAUUCAGAUAGUGCUUCUUUUUUCAGCGUCACAGCGAUACAUUCACAACUCUACAUGUUGCUUAAUGGAGUGUUGGAAGUAACAAUGCAAGAUUUACAAUUUCGCUCAAGUCAACUAUUGGAUGACAACAAUGUCAUGAUUGAGAUGUCUGCAUGUUACUCUGCAACAUUAACAAACUCUAUAUUUUCUCACAAUAAGGGAGUAUUGAUUAGAAUUGCCAAUACCUAUAAUUUUAUACUGUCCGAAACCGAAUUUUCACACAAUGAAGGAGGACCUUGUAUCAUGGUAUCAGGUACCUCUUCCGAAGAAUCCUCAACUCAACAAGUUGUUAGCUCUCAAUUUAUUAACAAUACAUGUUCUCUUGGAGGAUGUGCCAUACAGCUUGCUAAUACCGAACGGACUCUUAUUAAUGAAUGCGAAUUUAUUCAAAACACUGCAACAGAGCAAUCUGGAGGCGCCCUUCACAUUACCCAUGUCAAUUGGGUUGAAAUGACGUACAAUGAAUUUAUUCAAAACAACGCAAUGAUAUCUGGAGGCGCCAUUUACGCCAUCACUACGAAUUUUUUACUAACUCACUCACAUAUGCAACAAAAUAGUGCUCUUUCGAAAGGAGGUGCAAUUUUUUCGAAAAUUAUGUCUGACAGCAAUCAGUCUGGCAAGAUCACUUUUGAGGUCACGAAAAACACAUGCUACAACAACACGGCUGGAUUUUCUGGUGGAUGUUGGUUUUUUGAAGAUGAUUCGUCCUCGUCAUUGACACAAACUAUUGAACAGGGAACAAAUUUUGUGAAUAAUGUUGCACAUUCUUUUGGAAAUAGUCUGGGAAUGCCUUUUCGAAAUAUUAAGUAUGAACUUGUGAUUCAAUACAGUCCUGAAGAUGUCACAAUUUUUAAAGGAAACAACAUUUCUUCUAUAGAAAAACCAACUCUGUAUCUGUAUCCCGGACAAUCGAUUCCUCUUAUAGAAUUACAUUUAUGGAAUAACAUUUCAGAGCCAGUUUCAUUUUUAGAGACGCCGCUGAGCUCUACAUUGAAGAAUCCCUCCAAUGCGCUAAUUAGUUACCGACGACAUGUGUCAAAUUCUAAUAGCACGAAUGGCGUCCACUCUCACUCGAUGCAAGUUCACAAUUUAACAAUCUCAUUAUAUUCUCCACAUGACAUUCAUUCUGUAAUUCAAACUGCAUUUGAAUUGGACAAGAACAAUCAAAUUGAAAUACUGAUUCACAUUCAAGAAUGUCCUUCAUCUGCAACUCUUGACAUGUUGAUGGCUCCAGUGUCAGAAACGUAUUCAUGUUUACCAAUCACUCCGAUACCCUUUGGCGUGAUUAUUCCCGUAGUUUCUGUAGUUUCCAUCACACUGUUUUCAGUGUUCCUCUUGUUGGUGUUUUUGUUAGCGAAAGUGUUGAGAAACGUGACUAGAAAAUUGAAACGAUUGGAACUGAAAGAAGAUGCUGAGCAAAGAUUGGAGAAGAAGUUGUUGCAAAAACAUGUCAUUAUUGAAGAAGGAAUAUUGGUAGACGAAUAUGAUCAAGAUGAGAAGACCCGCAAGAAUGAUGUUUAUAACGAACAAACAAGCUUGUUAAUUAAUCAAAAGACACAUUCCUCAAAAAGCCAACAAAAAAAACAUUUAAGUUGGAUUAUUUCGAUUGAUCAAGUCGAUCUCAUUCGAAGAAUUGCAGAGGGAGCAAAUGGAACUGUUUAUUUGGCAUCUUGGAAUGGAACAUUAGUGGCCAUGAAAACUCUAAAGCAACCAUUAUGGAUGGAUGACUUACACGACAAGGAUGACGAUGAAUUUGAAAAAGAAGCCUUUUUACUUUCCUCAAUUCGACAUCCAAAUAUUAUUCAAUUUUUUGGAGUAAUUUUGACUGGAUGUAAAAAGUACAUGGUUGUUGAAUUUAUGGAAAAGGGAAGUUUGGCACAAUUAAUUUAUCAAUUACGAACAGGUUCACAACAAUUAUCAAUAUUUGGUAAAAUUGAUAUUCUACUCGGAAUUGCCAAAGGCAUGAAUUAUUUACACUCAAUGAAACCACGUGGAAUUAUUCAUCGAGAUUUGAAACCAGCAAAUAUUUUACUUGAUCAAAAUAUGAACGCCAAAAUUUGUGAUUUUGGAUUGAGUCGAAUGUGGAAUAGUAACACGGCUCAUAACUCGGUAACAACGAAUGUAGGAACUUUAUUUUACAUGUCCAAUGAAAUGAUUAGUGGCAUGAAUUACAACCACAAAACCGAUGUAUACAGUUUUGGAAUUAUCAUGCGGGAGCUCUUUUUUGAAGAAACACCCUAUUUCUAUUCGAGUUCAAAGUUUCCACAAUCAUCCAACUCGACACCAAGUGAAUUGUCAUCCUAUCAUGCACUUUCGAAAGUAUUACGAGGAGAACGACCACUCAUUCCAUUCGACACGAAUAAUCCAGACGAUCUACGAGAAUGGAUUUUGAAAUUUUCAUUCAUGACUUGCUCCACUCGACAUGGAAAUGAAGAAGAAAAUGUCAAUCGGUGGUGUGAAAUUUGCAGCGAAUACAUUCAACUCAUGAAACAAUGUUGGAAUGCCAAUAACCAAGAAAGACCCAAUUUUCAUGAAAUUAUUCAUCGACUUUCGAGUUGGAUCAGUAAGAAAUAG